GAGAACAGAUGGGGGCACCCACUCGCAUUCUCCGAGCGUCACCCAAGCAGCAGCAUGCACGAGUGCCCACAAUCCUGAAAUAACGUAGCAGUAAUGACGUAGUGUACAGUGAAGCGAUAUCGGACAGAGUUCAGCGACCAGCGAAGUUAAGGAUCCGUGAAUCACCAGCGACAGUUGAGGUCUGCUCAUCCGUGAGGAAAAAUGUCAGACACUACGGGAGUCACGCAGGGGAUGGGCAAUCCUUACAAGAUCGUUGAUCACAGCAGGGAGCGGAGAAAAGGCAUCACCGCUUCGUCGCUCAAGGAGUUGACCAACAUCGCCCGCAGUCGCCUAGCAUUGCCCGUGGAUGCGGAUCUGACCAUCGUACUCGAGCAGGAUGGAACGGAAGUAGACGAUGAAGAAUAUUUUGCCACGUUAGAAAGGAACACGAGCUUGAUGGUGUUGCACGGUGAGCAGAAAUGGGUUGCUGUCGGAAGCAGCAAGGCAGCGUCUCGCUACAUCGUCGUAGAUGAUGUGGACAACGUGGAGGGUAGUUCAAGAAUUGAUAAGAUUCGACGACGACGGACACCUAUAGAGCCCUUGGUGUCGUCGUUGCACGGUGAUCCGUCGCAUAUCUCACUGCUUGGAGGAAACGACUUGGAAUUACUCAGCGACAUGGAUCCUGACAGUCUAGCCGAUAUAGUGCCUGACAGACUUUUCCUCGAGCAGCUGAAGGAAGCCUCAGGUAGAUUCCUGGCGGAGAAGCGACAAGCUCAAGAAUCUAUGGCUCUUCUUCAGAUGUACGCAAGUGGUGGUGAGAUGGAGCGAGCGUAGGCCAUGUGGGGGGUGGGCGCCCUCACAUUGGCUAACAUGUAUAGAGUGCGACGUCGCAUCUUCUACAAAGGUCGCCAGCUGCAACAAACUUUAAUCCUGUUCUGGAAUUGAGCCCAUCUGAAUUUACAUGAUAAUAAAGUAACUGAGAACGUACGCAUUAGUUGCUGAAACUAAAUGCACGUAUCAGUGACGAAGAUCUCAUAUUUUCCCUCGCACACGAGGAACAUAGAGAAUCGCAGAGACGAAGAUAUAUAUUGUACAGAGAUACGAGGCGUGAGCAGCUUAAGUUCACCAAUUUAAUAUUGUAAUAAUGUAUAGAUUUCGUCUUAUAUAUAGAGGAAGUAGUAGCUCUAAGUUCUUUUGUAGGAUUUUUUUAAUAUCUAUAUACACACACAUACAACACAAUUCAGUGGCACAACUAUGCUUUGGCAAUACUUUACAUCCUUAGUAAACAUAACGGAAUUGCUUUAAUACAGCGUAAGAUACCUUGCUAUAUCGACAGAAUAAAUAUACGCAAUUUAGCCGCUAACUUAUCUGAAUACGCAUAAAAAGGAAAAUUAAAUGAAUAAUUUCGAAAUGGAUAUUCUGUCGCGAUGUUGCCAUAUCAAGUCGAUGGGAACGUGUUUUGUUUGCGAGAUUUUUCUACUUAGAUACACGUCAUACCAAGAUUUAGUUCAACGAAGAUCGAUGGAAUAAUUAAGACUGAAUUUAUAGGGAAAACAAAAACCACCCCCCCCCCCCCAU